UUAGAAAGCAACCUGAAUCAAUUCCAUUUCUAAUUCUCUCUCCUCUUCUCUUCUCUCCUCUCUGACUCUGCAUUUGGUCGUGUUGACGAGUGAUGAUCACUAUUUACUCCUCAAUUUUCUUCUCCAACUAUUUCGCUUCCUUCUUCCUUUGUUUCUCUCCCAAUAUUUUGGUUUCCUCUUCUUCUGAGCUCUCACACACUCAAGAACUCUCAAAUUAGAACUCUUCCUUUGGACUAAGAAAUUUUUGUUCUUUACACCAAAUUUUGUUACUUUUUUUAUACCCAGUUGAGGAUUUUUACGCGCACCUUACUGGGUGCUCUCUGCUCUGAAGCUUCACUUGUUAUUGGAGUUUUCAGAACCGGACGCUGAUUAGUGUUUAAUAUACUAGUAUAAUAUAUAAUAAUAAUGAUAAUAAGAUCGAAUCUUUUUAAAUUGUUGACAUGGUCCUUACUUUAUUUGACAAGUUUUGUGGAUGAUAUAGCCAUUAAAAGAAUUUGUUUGACUGAUCCUCUUCUCUAUUAUUAAUUUUUUAUUAUAUAUAUAGCUUUUGUUUCCUGAUAAGGACUGUGCCCAUUAAAAAGAAAGAUUAUAUUUGGGGCAAAAAAUUAUCACUGUUGUUUCUAUUUAUCUUUUCAUAUUUUUAUAGUCAUAAUUAGCGUAGGUUGUUUCUCACAGUGUAGUAGUGGGGCUUGCGUCAAGCUUUCAUGUAUUAUUAUUUGGGUUGUCGAAGGUGGUUCCCAGUUAUCAUAGUAUAGUAUUAUGUCGGAAGCCACAAUCACAAUAUUAUUAUUAGUGUCUCAGUUCCUUGGUUCUUAAAACUUAACAGUCCCCCCUUUUUUUUACAUCACAAUCCUUCAAUUCAUGAUGCCUUUGCAUGAGUUGUACCGCAAGGCCAAGGAGAAGCUUGAUUGUUCUAAAGAGAUCAAUAGCACAAGUGCAACUGAUCAUUCAACCGCACCAGAGAGUGAUUUCUAUGAACUUGUUUGGGAAAAUGGUCAGAUUUCAAUGCAGGGUCAGUCAAGUAGUAGAGGUAGAAAGAGUCCAACUUGUAAGAGUUUAACAUCUCAUUGUCCCAAGGGUCUUCAACAUAGGGAUGUAGUGGGAUAUGGUAAUGGUACCAAUAAUGUUAAUAUGAUGAGGAUGGGGAAGUUUGGGGAUUCAGAAAGUGGACUGAAUGAGAUUAGAAUGCCGGCUCCAUCUGCUGAAGACGAAGACGUGAUACAUUGGUUGAAUUAUGGAAUGGAUGAAUCUUUGCCACAUGACUAUGGUUCUGAUUUCAUACAUGAACUCUCUGGGGUCACCAUGCAUGAAAUCCCUCCCUUAAAUAACCUCUCUUUGUUGGACAAAAGAAGCAAUUCCAAUCAGUUACUUAGGGACUCUCACAAGAACUAUGCACGCCAUGCUUUUGGUUCAGAACAAGGGAUCCUUAACAAGGACUUUUCGGUUAUGGCUAAAGGAGAGAUUGAGAUCCCUAGACCCAAACCUAGUACAAGUCAAUUUUGCCAACCAUCAUCAUAUCAAUGUCAAGGAUCAUUUGCAUCUGUUAGGUCCAAAGCAUCAGAGAUAACAGAGAAUAAUGGUAGUAACCCUACUCAUCAAGUACCUUGUGGGGAACUGGCUCAGAUUUUCCCAUCUGCUUCAAGUGGUUUUUCUGGGUUAAAGUUGGAUAAGCAAGAUCAGGUUAUGUGCAGCAGUAGUUCCACUAUAAUGAACUUCUCCCAUUUCGCUAGACCUGCUGCUAUUGUGAAGGCUAAUCUUCAGAACAUUGGGUUGUCUUCAUCAAGAUCAGAUGGUAUUGAAAACAAAAAUAACGAUGCUUCUGCGACCGCAAGCAAUCCUCCUGAAUUAACAAAAGCUGGUUUUAGUGGCGAACAUCCGAAACAAUCCGCUGUGCACGAGCUGAAGAUUGUGGAGCCUUCUAAGGCUGAUUUGAAGCAAUUGGAGCCCUCUAAGGCUGAUUUGAAGCAAUUGGAGCCAAAAUCUCUUGAAGUGAAUGCUACUGUUUUGAGGCAAUCUGAUCCUGCUCGAAAAGAAGAUGUGUCAAAGAUUUAUCAAAGUUCCAAUCUACUUCUUUGUGAAAGUACCAAUAAAGGAGAGGAAGCUGUUGUAAAAAAUAUGGAGCCUGCAGUAGCCUCUUCAUCCAUUUGCUCUGGCAAUGGCGCAGAGAGAAUUUCGGGCAACCCAAACCAAAGUUUGAAGCGAAAAAGACAAGAAACAGAGGACUCUGAGUGCCACAGUGAAGAUGUUGAGGAAGAAUCAGUGGGUGUUAAAAAGGCAGGUCCAACACGAGGUGUUAAGAGAAGUCGUUCAGCUGAAGUGCAUAAUCUAUCUGAAAGGAGGCGAAGAGACAGGAUCAAUGAGAAGAUGCGUGCAUUGCAAGAUCUCAUACCAAACUGCAAUAAGGUGGACAAAGCUUCAAUGCUGGACGAGGCAAUCGAGUAUCUCAAAACACUUCAACUCCAAGUUCAAAUUAUGUCAAUGGGAGCUGGUUUGUAUAUGCCUCCAAUGGGUAUGCCUGACAUGAAUGGUGGACCUUCUAGAUUCCCAAUGAUUCAGGUGCCCCAAAUGCACAGAACUCAUCCUCCGGCCGCACCUAUGCCCGGACCCUCUGCAUUACAUGGGAUGGGAAGAUCAAAUCCUCCAGUGUUUGGCCUGCCUAGCCAGGGACUUCCAAUUCCAACUAUGCCGCGUGCUCCAAUGUUUUCUUAUCCAGGAGAGCCUGUUGCAAACUCACCAGCCUUACAACCAAAUGCUUGUGGAACAGCAGGACUUACGGAAACUGAGAAUCCAGCUUCAGCAUCUAACCAAAAGGAUCCAAUGCCAAUUAUGCAGAACACCAAUGGUUGUAACUCGACGAGUCAGACUACAAAACAGUGUGAAGCAGCAGCAGCUGGCAGGAUUGAACCCUCUGCCUCUCAGGCUAACGACGGCAGAGCUGUGGAUGCCACGAGAAAAGAUAACCUUGUGACUGAUAAAUUCGACUAGUAAGCGUGAGUGAUGACUAUAAAUAUGUCCCUUCAUGUUGAAUUUUUACUUAGAAUUUUUACUAUAAGCAUCUCUGCAAGUUCUAAUGCAGAGCGCACAGAACAGAGGAUUGAGGUUGAGCCAUCACAAUAACACCUUUGGGAAGCACAGAUAUUUCAGUCUCUUUGAACAAACCAUAUUACAUGUUACAUGUACAUCCUCUUGUGGCCUAAACAUAUUCAACUAUCUUUCUAAUGUUCCACUCAGAUAUCUUAUUAUUAUUCUUUGGCUUUAAUGAAAUAAUAUCUACAUGUUUUUUGGUAAGAGACCAUGGCAAAUAUGUUAACCCCACUUCCCAGUUCUCACUAGUUAUAGAAACAGGAGAAAAGUGGCAGCAUCAUAAUCUCUCUCUCUCUCUCUCUCAUAUUAAGACAUGGACUAUGUCAUGUCAAGACCCAAAUAAUAUAUGGGCUUGGAAAUCCUUCAUUAACAAAGCCAAGCCCAUCCUUGAAAUCUAUUGUUGAUUGGAAAAUUUACCAUAUAUUA